AUGGAGAUCCUACCAGAUGACAUUUGGCUGGAGGUUUUUACGUUUCUCACUCAGAGAGAUCUGCUUAGAGUUUCACCCGUUUGUCGAGCGUGGUAUCGCUUGUCACGUGAUAGUUCGCUUUGGUCGUGUCUUGAUCUUGAACCAUUCUGUAGAUCAUUGCAAGGGGAAACAAUACUGAGGUUGAUUAAUACUUUAUUUGCACCGAGCGGAAAGCAUCUCAUUCUCAACAAGAACCUUGUAACUUCCGAGAUGUUACAAAGUUUGUUUGAAAAUUGCCGCAGAUUAAAAAGUCUCAGUCUCAACGACUGCAGGUUCCAUUCCGCUGGACCUUGGUAUGAGCUGACGUUUGAUCAGGUGGAGACACUAAUCUUUUUAGACUUGAGAAACGCCAGCGGAUUCGCUGCAGGUGUAGAAGAUAUCUUGAUACAAGCAUACAAUCUCAAAUACUUAGGUAAGCACGUCACCUUUAUGCGUUUUGUAAGUCACUCUGUCAUAAGAGGUUUUUGAUCAAAUAGGACUCGUGCUCUUGAGACUAAAUGAGGAGAGAUUACAGAGAAAAAUGGUCACAGGAAAAGGGUUGAGAGAACUCCCCGAGAAUUACAUACUGAUCAUGACAUAAGCAUAUAUGUGUAGUUUUCCAUCUUGUCGAGGAAAUGACUUGUCAGGGAUACAUUCGGUUUGAGAAAAUUACAGAGGGUUAUAAAGUUGACUUGAUCAGACUGUAUAUCUUCAUUUGUUAUGUUUGAACCUCUUGUAAACGUUUUAGGCAUUCGGUUACUCUCACCGGCCAGAUCAACAGUGAACGUUAAGCCGGCUAAGUUGCAUUACUGUCCCGAAGCACCUAAGGAUAUGUGGGUGAAGUCACUAGCAAACAGAUUGUUAUAAGGCCUUACUGUAGCCCAAGUAGCUGAUUUUUUUGCGUAGAAAUCUAAUUUUCAUGUUAGCCACGUAAAACCCGGAAAUAAACUUGAAAUUCUGUUCAGAGGAAGUAAAACAUAAAACAAAUAAAGGAAGAUACCAUUCGUCUUGUCACGAGCUUAGGACAAAGGAAAAAAUUUGGUUCCACACGAGGAGGUGAAACACUAGACCCUGGGAUUCCGCUCUCUGACUGAUGCUAUACCCCUGAGCUACAGAAUAAUCUGUAGCGAACCAGAGCCUUACUAUGUUCAUCAAAUUGUUCCAUGACAUAGGAAAAAGACAUCUUCUUGGUUUCUUCUUGAUUUCAUUACCGAGUGCAAAAUUUACCAUCUCUCUUACCUUAUCUAAUAUUCAAAAACACGAGGAAGGGCCCCGCGCAAUAGAACUAUCGUUAGAUUUUCAAGUGAGUUUCCGCUACAUGAUUGAAAAAUCAAAGAAAAAUGAUUGUGGUUGCAUUGCCUAGAGAAAGUGAUCAAGUUUGCUGGGUGUUUUCUCCUUCUUAGAGAAGGUGCUUCAAUUGCAGAUCGAUGAAAUAACAUAAUAUAACGGCAACGUAGCUCAUAGUAACAAACAAGUAUUCCUGUUAAGAUACCGUAAUUUCAUUAUGUCAAAUGAGCCUUAAAGAGAAAAUCAAUUUGUUUUACGUACUGACUUUGUAAUGUUUGCUUCAUUGCUUCAUGCAGGUCUUCACUGUUGUAUCAGUCCUCGACUGCUGAUCAGAAUGUUUAUUACAAAGCACAACCUGCGCAUGAUUGACUGUACACAGUGUGACUGGGUCACAGACGACAGUAUUCAAACUAUUGCAGAAAACUCUCUAUUUUUGGAGGCAAUUUGUGUCGCAAAGUGCCGAAAUUUACAAGGAAGAACGCUUAACAUAUUGGUAGAAAAAUGUCCGCGUUUGAAAACGCUUAUUUUAGAAGGAACACAGAUAGUAGAUGAGUAUGUCAGACUGGUGGACUGGAGUCAAACAAACAUUACCGAGUUGAAUGUACUUCGUUGUUACCGCUUGUCAUUUUCAGGCCUGUCAGAAAUACUCCCUAAAUUAAAGCGCUUGCGCUACCUCAAGUGCGCGCUGACCGACGAAGUCCUAAAACUCAUUGCGAAUGGUUAUCCAUUGUUGGAAGUUUUAUUCCUUCAUCGGCGCUACCCAGUGACAGUAAAAUGCGUCAGUGAUUUACUGUUCCAUUGUCCAACUUUAACCUGUCUUGAUCUUUCAUCCAUUCCUUUGGCUUUUGUCUACUUUGAGAGCUUUCUUCCCAGCAUGCCUCGGCUUCGAAUGUUGAGUUUUGCUGGCAAUGAGCUUCUGGGCACUGAAAAAAUUAUUCGUUCGCUGGCUAGAAACUGCCUAGAUUUGGAAGUUGUCUGUGUCAACUAUUUCCAUUCAACUAACAACUUCGAAAUUGAGCGUGCUUUCGUGUAUCUGUUACAGAGGUGUGAGAAGCUCAAAGAGCUUAUCCUAAAUGGUUUAUUUGUUAGAAAUUUGAUCUUAUCCAUCAGAAGUUUGGCAUAUUAUGUGUGCAACAAGGAAGAUACAUCAAUAGUAGAAAAUAAGCCCUUCUUUCUUCCCGGGCCCCAAAAUUGCCUAAACAAUGUUAAAAAUAGAAAGCUUUAG